AUGGCGGCUUCAAGGAUGUCGGUGGCGGCGGCAGUGUUGGCGGCUGCGGCUUCCUGUUCCUCGCUCUCUAAUCGUGCUUGUGCCGAUCCGCCGUUCCGAUUUUCUCCUUUCUCAUCUUCUCCACCGUCAUCUUCUGCUUCGGUCCCGCAGGCUCAACCCGCAGUCGAUGAUUCGAAAGGGGGGUUCGAUCCAGAAUCGUUGGAGAGAGGGGCCAAAGCUCUCAGAGAAAUUAAUAGCUCUCCUCAUGCCAAACAGGUCUUUGAGGUGAUGAGAAAGCAGGAGCAGUCACGGCUAGCGGAACUGGAAGCGGAGAAGGCUAAUUUUGAGGCCAUUCAAGCUCAUGGUGAUAUCGAGAAGCAGCGAAAAUGGGCAGAAGACCAGAGGAAUCUGUAUCAACAACAAGCACAAGCUAAAGCGCAAAUGCUGAGAUACGAAGACGAGUUAGCUCGAAAACGAAUGCAGACAGAUAACGAGGCUCAGAGACGUCAUAAUGCUGAAUUAGUGAAAAUGCAAGAGGAGUCAUCCAUAAGAAAAGAACAAGCAAGACGAGCAACUGAGGAGCAGAUGCAAAUUCAGCAGCGACAGACUGAGAAAGAGAGAGCUGAGAUAGAACGUGAAACGAUAAGAGUAAAGGCUAUGGCUGAAGCUGAAGGUCGGGCUCAUGAAGCAAAAUUGACCGAGGACCAUAACAGGAGGAUGCUUUUAGAGCGAAUAAAUGGUGAAAGAGAAAAGUGGCUUGCUGCAAUCAAUACAACUUUCGGUCACAUUGAAGGGGGUUUUCGGAUUCUAUUGACUGACAGGAGUAAGUUGUUAAUGACUAUUGGAGGGGCUACUGCAUUAGCUGCUGGAGUUUACACUACCAGGGAAGGUGCCAAAGUUACAUGGGGAUAUAUCAAUAGAAUUCUUGGGCAGCCAUCUCUGAUUCGAGAAUCGUCCAUGGCCAAAUUUCCAUGGUCAGGGAUAAUUUCUCGAGGAUCUAAUAAGAUGCUUAAUUACAGUACCGUUGCAAGGGCAGCUGCACCUGCGCAAAAUAAAUCUCCUUUUGGAGACAUCAUUCUGCAUCCUUCAUUGCAAAAAAGAAUAGAACACCUUGCUCGGGCUACAGCAAACACUAAGAGUCACCAAGCUCCAUUUCGUAAUGUGCUCUUUUAUGGGCCUCCUGGAACUGGUAAAACUUUGGUUGCAAGGGAGAUAGCUAGAAAAUCGGGUUUAGAUUAUGCCAUGAUGACAGGAGGAGACGUUGCACCACUGGGUCCACAGGCUGUUACCAAAAUCCAUGAGAUAUUUGAUUGGGCAAAAAAGUCAAGAAAAGGUUUACUGCUUUUCAUUGAUGAGGCUGAUGCCUUUCUAUGCGAACGUAAUAGCAAACACAUGAGUGAAGCUCAACGGAGUGCUUUGAAUGCUUUGCUCUUUCGAACUGGGGAUCAAUCUCGAGAUGUGGUUCUUGUUCUUGCCACAAACAGACCAGGAGAUCUUGACAGUGCUAUUACCGACCGUAUUGAUGAAGUUAUUGAAUUCCCACUUCCACAAGAGGAUGAGCGUUACAAACUGCUGAAGCUGUACUUGAACAAGUACAUUUGUGGUGAAGAAGAUAGCGAGUCCAAAUGGGGACAUUUGUUUAAGAAGAAACCAAAGAAAAUAACCACGAAAGAUCUGUCGGAUGAUGUCUUACGAGAUGCUGCACGGAAAACAGAAGGUUUCUCGGGUCGUGAGAUUGCGAAACUCAUGGCCAGUGUUCAAGCUGCUGUAUAUGGACGCCCGGAUUGUGUCUUGGAUUCCAAUCUAUUCAUGGAGAUUGUGGAUUACAAGGUUCAAGAGCAUCACCAGCGAAUAAAACUAGUAUCUGAAGGUGGUGAAUCGGCUUAGGAUUAUUCCUAUUAUCUGGAAGAGAUAUGGGGUUUCCGAGAUCAUCCGAAUAAUUCGGAAUUCGUUUAUUUAGUAAUUGAUUCGGUUGAUCGAUUUUGUUUAGGUAAUCAAUAACUAGAUUCUUGUGGUGCUUAAUGUACAUUUUGGUUAUGAUGAACAUACAAUAGCUAAUGUAACUUAUUCUUGUGCUGUGAUUCAGCAUUGACAUUUUGACUUGUGUGCCUGAUUUGGUCAAUGAUUAGAACUCGGCAAAUUUCCUGAUGAGGUUUAUGUGGAGGAACAGACAUUGGCAUACAUGGAACGGUUGGAUGGUCGGCUUUCAAAGAAAUUGAUGUAACUUUUGCGUUUGGUGUCUGUUUUGGGCCCAUAACCCCAUUUCAGAAAGGUAGCGAGCGUUUCGGCUUGAACUCACUGCUUCGCCAUGACGUACGAGGGUUUUUGGGCAUUUGAAGUCGUUCAGUGUGUCAAAACAGCAUUUUUAGUUUUUGUGUUAUUUAUUUUCAGCAUUUGUUAUUUUCAUUUCGUAGCCCAGUCCAUUUUGGGACUGCUGGCCCAAUAGGUUAUCUUUUCUUUCAUAUUUAAGACGCUGCAAGACGCCUCCUAGGGUUUUCUUGGUUGUUCACGAAAUAAUAAAACUUUGUUUCUGAA